CUCUCUCUCCCUCUCUCUUUCUUUUCUCUCUCCUUUCUCUCUCUUCCAUUUCCAUGGUGGAACGAACAGAAGACGCAGCGUCGCCGGAACGAUGAUCGAAGAACGUAACCACCACACAGAGAUUGGAGCAAAAUUAGGGUUUCGAGAUAGCUAAAAUCCGAACAAUGCCAAUCUCGAGGUGUCACAUUCGGAGCGCGCACAGCUUGGCGGAUCCGGAGCUGCAACGUGCCGCCGACAAGGAUGAUUCCGAAGCUCUUCUCGAAGCCGUUGCCAUGGCCGGAAUUGUCGGCGUCUUGCGCCAGCUCGGUGACCUUUCUCAGUUUGCUACUGAGGUAUUCCAUGACUUACAUGAAGAAGUAAUGGCUACUGCUGCAAGGGGCCACAGUCUUAUGUCUCGUGUUCAACAGCUUGAGGCUGAAGUUCCAGCACUUGAGAAAGCUUUUUUGUCGCAAACUCAUCAUUCAUCAUUUUUUACCAAUGGAGGGAUUGACUGGCAUCCUAAUCUUCAGUCUCAAAAGAAUCUUGUUACUCGCGGAGACUUACCUCGAUUUAUAAUGGAUUCAUAUGAAGAAUGCCGUGGUCCCCCAAGAUUGUUCCUUCUGGACAAGUUUGAUGUGGCUGGGGCUGGGGCAUGUCUCAAGCGUUAUACUGAUCCAUCAUUCUUUAAAGUGGAAUCUGCUUCCUCUGGAACAGCAAUGGUAGAAGCUCACAGGGAAAAGAGAAUUCGUAAAGUCAAGCAGAAGAAAGGAGCACGACCGAUGAAUGGUGAAACCCCCAAAGUUGUGACAUCACAUUCCAAACUGCAUCAGUUGCUUCUUGAGGAGCGUAUUGAGAAUGCUUGUAGUGAUCCUGCUCGUCUUGUGAAGUUGAGGAAAAAACAAUUGAAUGGAUCUGCAUUUGAAGCAAAGACUGGGAAGAGUUACAUGGAGAAAAUUCUUGAAAUUCCCUCACGUGAUCACAAAUUGGUUUGUGAAACUUCAGUCAUUCCACUGCCUGUGAAAUCGAUGCCAGAUGAUGCUAAUGAAACUGGGAUUAAAAUACUUGAAAUCAGUAGCAUUACUCGUAUGAAAAGGUCUUUGGGAAAUGAAAACACUUGUUUAUCACCAAAUGAACAGGAAUUGGAGCUGAAACCAUACCCAGAAACGGAUAGGGAGACAAAUGGAUAUCUUGUGAAGGCGCAUGGACAAAUCUUUGCUGGUGUGACAGAUGAAAUGUCUUCUAAUCAUCCCAAGGUACCUGGUGAAACAGAAUUGGUAGGUGAUGAACCAAAGAAAAUAGAAUGCAGCUUAGAUGGCUACCAUUCUGAUGAUAUGAUUAGUGAGGCUGAUGAUUAUGUGGAUGCUUUAGCUACCAUGGAGUCAGAAUUGGAGACAGACAAUGAGUGUAAACCUAUGAAAAGCUUAGUGAAUAUUCAAAAGGUAACUGAUUCAAAUGGAAAAGAAGAACAUCAACUACAAACUCGAUUUUCUGAUUCUCCAUCAUUUGGGGACUCCUUGACAUCCGAAGAAAUUAGUUCAUUUGAGCAAGACAGAAAUGAAGACCAUAAUGAAGUGCAAGCUCCGUUCUCAGAUUCGGAGUCAACAAGAACCUACUGUGCAUCAGAUGAUAAUAAUUCAUUCAGAAGAGAUAGAAAUGAAGAACAUAUUCAACUGCAAGCUCAGUUCUCAGAUUCCCAAUCUAUUGGAAACACUUGCACAUCAGAGAUCAAAGAUAUGCCAUCCAACCUGCUUUCCCAAACUGUUGAGUUGGAAAAGACUUAUUGUGGUGAGUUUGUCAUGCGUGAUGAUGCACAAGUUCAGGGAGAAGAGAUUUCUGAUUCUAGACAAGUCUCUUCUGGUUCAUGUCUGGAUUCAGGGUGUUUAUUGUUGUCUUCAGAUCUUGGAGCCAGCUCACCAGUGUUCCUACCUACAGGUACACAAUCAGAUGAAAAACCAACUGGCCCUGUUGAACCUCGCUUAAGAUUAGGAGAUGACGACAAUAGGUGUCUUGUUGAACCUAUAGCUGCAGUGCAUGAUUCUCUCUCCCCAAUAAAAGACGAUGCUUGCCGAGUUGUUUCUUUUGAUAACAAUUCUUUGAACAACUUGGAUAUUUGUGAUCCAUAUGUUCAUUCCGAUGCUCUGUUACAAGUUUCUAAUGAUUUAAACUUAGCUCGUGAAAAUGAAUGUGGUUAUCAUUCUGACAUCAAAGUGUUGCAGGCAGAAUCUCUCAAUGAAUACUCUUCUGAAAUUUUGGUUAAUGGUGAUGUUGGUUCACAAGGUGAGGAUCCCAUUUGCCCAUCCAUGGAAGUAGACUUGAAUUCAGGUACUAAGCUGCUGCUUGAUGGCCAAGAUUUAAAAUCUGAGCAUGCUAUUACUGCAACCCAACUUAACUCAGAAGAUUUAUCUCCUCUUGCAGAGACUACCCCAGUGAGUAGCUUUACAGAGGAGUUGUGCUCUAGUUUUACUCACAAAAAUCCACUGGAUGAACCAGAUUCAGCCGAAGUUAAAAUUGUGUAUUCUGAUCAGCAAUCAAAUUUUGAAGAGGUACCAAGGAUAAUGCCUGGUGAUGAAACAAGUGGAUCCACCUGCAGUUUGGAUCCAAUUGAAGAUGGUAAUCAUAUUAAACAUCUAUCUUCUCCUGAUUACAUAAGGCAGGAUAAUUAUGUCAUGAUAAAUGAUAUGUUCACUGAAAAAGUUCAGUCAGAAGGUCAGGAUGUAUCUGCUCCUCCUUCCAUUUAUUGUGCUGAAAAUGAUGCAAGUAUUGUUAGAUGUCAAACUUCAGAUUUUAUUUCUUCUCCAUCAAGGAAUCUUUCAAAUUUGCAUGAACCUUUACUGGGUUCUUCAGAUUCCCAUCAGAUGGAAAUGGAAUCCAAUGAGUUAGAGUUGACUAAAAAUUCUGUAGACUUGAAUGCAGAGAAGAGGGAAAUCCAACUGGAAUCAUCCUCAGAUAUCAUAUCUUCUCCAAUGAGUAGUCUUACAAAGAUGGAAGACUCUCUUUCUGCUUUUGCAGAUCCUUGUGAGGAAGAGAUGGAAGUCAAUGAGGCAGUUGCUAUAGAAUCUUUGACAGAAUUAGUGGCACAAAAGGUAGUGGAUCAACCAGAAGUUGCUUCUACUGAUGUAGAGUCAAACCUGAACAGAUCAGUUCCCAGCGAUCAUUUUGAUUCUGGAAUAUGUAAUAAUAUUCAACAUUCGUCUCUUAAGGACAAAAUCCAAUAUGGUUCUUGUAUCAAUGACAUGAAAAUGGUGCAGGUAUGUUCGGAGCUAGACUCUAUGAGGUCAGAAUCUAUAUCUGUUUGCCAGAAUGAUCUACAGAACAGCAAAUAUAGUUUUUCACCACCUUCCUAUUACCAACUGGAGCAUGAAACCCAUUUAGAUCUGUUCUUAAAAUCACAAGUUGGUCAACAGGAUGCAGGAUUUCUACUCAGAAAUGAAGAAAAUUAUACCUCUGAGAAAUUUCAACCUCAACGGAUGCAGAUAUCAAAUCAGUUGGAGCAAGAAAGAAUCUCUGAUUUUGCUUCUGAGUUUGCUGCUGAAAUCCAUCCAGAUGAGCCUUCAUCAUGUGAUUCCUCAUUGAAGUCAUCUGGCGAGGAGGUUGACCCAACAAAACAUGUCAUUGAUCCAUUAAAACCUCUUCUUCCUGACCUCUUUCCCAAGGAAACUAAAGUCAAUCUUGAGGAGAUGCCACCUUUGCCCCCUCUACCGCCAAGGCAAUGGAGAAUGGGCAAGGUUCAACAUGCUUCCCUAUUUUCACAGAGAGAAGAAAUAGAAGUAAGUCAAGCCUUUUUGCAACCAAUACAGCCUGUCAUACCUGAUGAAAAGCUUCAAUUUGGUCCAUCAACUUCUGAAAGAGAGACCUUGCUGACUCGGAAUCCAUUUUUGCCUGUCAUGGCUGUGGAAAGUAAUAAGCCCCAAAAUUCUUCUGGGUUUUCAGCAGGUCUUUCGCAGCAUCCUGUUGCUAUUCCUUUGCAAUUUCCUAUCAUGAUAAAUGAAGCAAAUAGUCAAUAUAAUUACCUAUUUCUGGAGAGAAGCCAAAUCCAGAACUCUUUCUUAACAUUACCUGUUUUAUCUUCGGGCAAGCCUCCUCAUGGAUAUCUUGUUGCUUCAGAAGGAGAAAUGGUAUUCAAUUCAAUUCAAUGCCCACCAAUACUACCAGCUGAAUGUGCUGUUUCUGGAGCUGAUCCCAUCUUUCAAGAAGAAAAACCCACUCAAUCUCCAAAUCAAUUAAUUGAAGUUCCUAGUUUAGAAGUUAAGCAGGGUAGACCUGGAGAAUUGCAUUUGGUGUUACCAGCUGAUUGUCCUGUUCCUGGAGAUGAUUCCAUUUCUCCAAAAGAAAAACCCACUCAAUCUCCAAGUCAAUUAAUGGAAGAGAGUAGUUUAGGAGUUAUAACACUUGAGCAGUCUUUGGUUAAUCUGGGAAGGGAUCAAGGAGAUCCUUCAAUCUCACCCGUGUCACCACCAAGUACAGAAAUUGUGCAGCCCAAUCCCAGCCGGCUGUCUUCAGAGGAGGAAAUGGCAUCGUCAUUGGAUACAUCUGUUCAAACAUCAGAGUUUGAUAAUGAAAUGCCAAAUGGAAAACUGAAGAAUAAGCUUCCUCGACCCCGGAAUCCUUUAAUUGAUGUUGUUGCUGCUCUCGACAAAAGCAAGCUGAGGAAGGUCACCGAACGUGUUUGGCCGCAGAUAGAACCCAAGGUAGAUGAAAGAGAUUCAUUGUUAGAACAGAUAAGAACGAAGUCCUUCAACUUGAAGCCUGCUGUGGUGGCACGACCCAGAGUUCAGGGUCCAAAAACAAACUUGAGGGUUGCUGCCAUCUUGGAGAAAGCAAAUGCAAUUCGCCAGGCAUUGGCUGGAAGUGAUGAAGAUGAUGAUGCAGAUAGCUGGAGUGAUUCUUAAAUUUACUACUGAAUGGAAAUACUGUUCUCAGUGCUGGUGGAUGUUUUUCUAUUGUGGUUCUUGCCUUGGAUCAGGUGUAAAAACUAAAAAGUCUUUCUGCCCUAUAGUGGAUAGGAAAUCUUCGUGAUACCCAAGAUUCUUUAUCCUACUCUAUAUGUUCAUAUAUGAUACUGUGGACAACAUAUGUCCCUUCCUGAGACCUCUCAAUUCGCACACACAUGCAUGGGCAUUGGAACAAACAUGCAGUGUAGCAUCAAUCAAGGGCCUUUUUCGGAGGUGAAACUCACUUCAGUCAGUCAGGCUCGGUGUGCAAGUGCUUUAUCAAUCCAGACCAACCAACCUAUCAUCAACACUUAUUUUCUUUUUAUAUAAGAAUGUGUAUAUUUGGUUGUGAUUGUCAUAGUUUUUUGAUUAUUAGUCAUGAAUACCCAAUUUUGAAAUUCUGUAAUGUAGUGGUUUUAUGAUAAUUGUCUCAUAUAUAAUGUAGCUCAUCUACUUGUGUCUAAUACAAUAGUAUAUAUAUAAUA